GGCGCGCCGCGACCGCCUCGCCACCAGUCCGCUCCGUGCUGCCGUUGAGCACGCACGCGCAUGUCGCUCGCUGUCGAACACGGUGAUGUGAGGUGGCCCUCGCUGCCGCAGUGCCGCGCGACUGACGCGCUUGUUUCGCGAUCGUGUACGCCAGGUGAAGGCUCCAGAGCCUUCGAACCGGCAAGACGCCGUCCACCGUGGAUCUGAGGUACGGCGCCAUGGCGGCGACCACGUACAUGCCGGGAGAGCUGGAUCUCGGCAACCUUAGCGGGUAUCAUGCUGCUUCGCCGCGCAGCGUCGAGCCCGCUGACAUGAAGUACCAGCACCACUUGCACUCCGGCGGCUCGCCGUCACCCGGGGCGCCCAUCAACCCGUGGGCGUCGCUGCCGCCGACCGACCCGUGGGGCAUGCACCAGCACCACGCACACGCUGCGGACGUGAAGCCGCCGGCGGCGCCGCACGACCACCGCCACCUGCAGGGCGGCUGGCACGCGCCUGUCGUCUCCGCGCACUACGGCGCCGGUUCGCCCGUCACGCUGCACGGCGGAUACCCCGUGCCGAUGCACCAGCACCACAUGUUGCGAGACGUGCAGCCGUCGCCACAUCCGCUGCACCACCACCAUCCCUUGGAACGCGACCAACCAGAGGAGGACACGCCAACGAGCGAUGAUCUCGAAGCGUUCGCCAAACAGUUCAAACAACGAAGAAUAAAACUUGGUUUCACGCAGGCCGACGUCGGUCUGGCUCUCGGUACUCUGUAUGGAAAUGUGUUCUCUCAGACGACGAUAUGUCGAUUCGAGGCGCUUCAACUCAGUUUUAAAAAUAUGUGCAAAUUGAAACCGUUGUUACAAAAGUGGUUAGAGGAAGCGGACUCGACGACGGGAAGUCCGACGAGUAUCGAUAAAAUAGCAGCUCAAGGCAGGAAAAGAAAGAAGCGCACAUCCAUUGAAGUGUCUGUGAAAGGCGCGCUCGAGCAACACUUCCACAAGCAGCCCAAACCGUCGGCGCAGGAGAUCACAACCUUAGCGGACAGUUUACAGCUGGAGAAGGAGGUAGUGCGGGUGUGGUUCUGCAACAGGCGGCAGAAGGAGAAGAGGAUGACGCCGCCGAACACGCUCGGCGGGGAGAUGCUCGAGGGCAUGGGCCACGGGCACUACGGGCACGACGUGCACGGGUCUCCGCCGCUGCACCCGCACUCGCCCGCGCUGUCGCCGCCGCACCCGCACGGGCACGGGCACGGGCACGGACAAUUACAUCAGCAGCAUCCCGGGUGGUCGGGCGCCUCACGAGCGAGCGGCGUCACGUGGGCUCUGUUCCCACCGGCCUCUCACGCGCUGAUAACCAUCUGCUUCCUCGCUCGCAGCUCCUGA